AUGUCUCCUCAAUUUAUAUAUAUAGUCGUUGAGGUGGAGUUGAACAAGCCUUUCCCUCAAAAGAUUGUGUUGGAUGACAAAAAAGGACACAAAGAAUCAAAAUGCCUCCAACAAAGUGUUCGAGUUUUACCUCAAGCAAAAGAUCAAUCCCCUGUUGAGGUCCCUAUUUCUGGAAGUACCGCUAAAUCUGUCUCAAACACUGAUACAGUCCUUGCAUCAAGCACUAGACAAGUCCCUAUCCUUUGCAGCUCCUACAAAAAUUGCUUAUGCUACAGAUAUUACAGCUUCUGUUCCACCCACUACAACAUCUGCUACAACAUUUGCUACAGAUACUUCAGCUUUUGCUUCAGAUAUAUAUCUGCUCUUGCCCUGGCUAGUACAAUUUCUGUGAUAGAUGUUAUAUCCCCAGCCAAUGAACCUACUACUCCUAUAAAGACAUUAACUACAUUGGUUGUUGAGGUCGAGCCUACAUCUAACAGCACUUACAAUAGUUCAAACUGA